CGGACGUAACUUGUAACACAACAGAUUUAAAACAUUGAAACUACAUUAUUUAUCUUUUUUUCUUUAUCUACAUUAGAAAAAAGAAUAAGUGAUAUAUUUGUUAUUCGUUAGUGUCUUUCACUGUGCACGUUUAAACUAUUACUCAUAUUUACAGGAAGGAAGUUUGGGUGUGGAGUCUGCCGGUGCAGGGCUGUGGUUGUUACCGUUUUCCCAGUUCUUUGCUGAUAAGUGGACAUGGCUGCUAUGCUGCUGAUGGUCUUUCUGGUGAUUCUGAGCCAUGCUGAUGCUGAGAAGAUCCCUUCAUACUUCAAGUUUGGAGAAACUCUGACCCUACAGCCUGCUUUCUCUGAGAAGAUCACCAGUAUUGUUUAUAAGUUUGGUGGUAACCUGGUGGCUGAAUGGGUGGGCAACGAGGUUCCUUUGACUUAUUACAGCACCUUUGAUGGACGCACAACCCUGAACACUACAACUGGAGAGUUGAAGAUCGACAACAUGGGUAAAGAUGACACUGGAGAGUUUGUAGUGGAGAUCAACAACGUCGUCCAGAGUCAAACGUUUGAACCUGUGGAGAUCAAGGAUGUACCUGAUCCUUCUGUGAAGGUGAGACCUUUAAUCUGUGACUCGUCUUCAUACAACUGUACUGUACAACUGUUGUGUGAUGGAGACAUUAAAGAGUCUGGACCGGUCACUUUCUCCUGGAGGAAAGAUGAAGGAGCCUGGAAGGAGUCAGAACAAGUCAUGAACAUCACCAACGAUGAGGAAACUAAAAAAGUAGAGACGUUCUCCUGCAGAAUGAAGAACCCAGUCAGUGAGAAAGACAGUGAACCUGAACAGAAUCCGUUCAAUAAAAGCUCUGGAGGAACAUCUGGAGGAACAUCUGGAGGAGCAGGGUGGGUCUUUUUCUUGCUUGCGCUCUCAUUUGGAAACAUUUUUUAAUUUUACCACCGUCUGCAUCUUGUUGUUAUCAUCGGUGUUGUUCUUCUUCUCAUUUUAAAUCCUAUGUCUCUUUUAUUUACUCCCGACGGUGACGAUGACGAAUGUUCUCAACUAUUUAAUCAGUGCCCGUGACUUUAAAACGUGAAAUGAAGAAAAUAAAUGUUUUUGUUAAAUUUAUAUUUCCAUAUUUAAAGAAGGUUUUUCUAAAACAAAAGAGAACGAAAGACAUUUAAUGGUUGCAUAGAUUGCACAAAGCCAGGAUAAGGGAUUUAGCCUGGAUAUGUUGGUUAUCCUGGAGGAAUUUAGCCCUAAGCCGGUUGCACAAGAGCAGGAUAACUUUAUCCUGGACCAGUAACCAUGGUGAUUUAUCCUCUGCAACUAGCCUGAACCAGGAUCAGAUCGAUCCUGUGUUGGAUCUGUUGUCAACUCUGUGAGAAAUUAAUGUGUUUUGCAGCUUUUUCAUGGUCUUUCUAGACAUGUGACCUGCGUCUAAAUUUUAUAAAUAUUGUUGUUUCAUUUGCCGGUUGACUUUUAUCUUUAGUUGUAUUUAUUUACACAGAUUAUAUAUAAAGACAAAAAGCCCAUAAAAUAGAGAAAUUAUUCACUGUUGUGUCUAAAAGGUUCCUCAUCAUUCUAACUCUUCUUUUAACUUCAGUCAUUUUCUAUUAAUUCAUUUGGUUUUAUUACUGACAACACUAAUGAAUCACUGCAGUUGAUUAGAUUUUUACUUUUAAAGAUGCCCGUCUUCAUGACGGCUUAUCUGUUUUUAUAUUAUAUUUGUAUAAUGUGUGGUCUAUAUUUGUCUAUUGUUAAGCACCUUUGUUAUUAUGAUGUGUGUGUAACAAUAGAGGUUAAGAAAUUAUGCAUUUUGUUGUGUUGUUAGAUACAUUCACUGAUGUUCUACUUCACAGAAAACACUACUGACCAAUUGGUCAAAGAGCAACUUAUUUCCAUUAUUCUUUGCUAAGUGCUUAAUUUAUGAUUUUUGUCAAUAAAUGAUCUGGUGUGAUACUUUUUAA